AAUUAAUCAAAAACAAAUAUUUUUGCUUAAAAAAUAAAACUACAAAUAAUGGGAUUAAUUUUGCAAAUAAUUAUUUUUAUUCUAACAAUAAUAUCGCUUCUAGCGCUUUAUCUUGUUUACAAGUUUUACGUCAAACCUAAAAUUUUAAUGGGAUUCUAUGAAAAACAAGGAGUUAAAAACCUUUGCUUCUAUCCCUUUAUUGGUAAAUAUAGCUUUGUUUCAAGAGACAUAAUGCUAAAAGGAGACGGAUUCUACAGUAUUAAAGAUUUUUUAGCUCAAAAUCCUGGUUGCAAAUAUUCUAUGACUAAUUUAGCUGAAUUUGUCUGUAUUUAGUUAUAUGAUCCUGACAUUAUUAAAGAGUUCUACAAUUGCAAGCAUAUUGUUAAACACAAAUUUGGUGUUGAAAUUUUUUAAGAGUUUAUGAACGGAAUUGUCUUUGCAGAAGGUGAGGAACAUACAAGAAAAAGAAAAAUUAUUUCUCAAGCUUUCCAUUACUAAUUGUUAUAGAGUAUGAUAUCACCACUAUCAGAAAUAUAUGAUGAAUUUAUUGAUAAGGUUAAGGAUAAAAAAGUUGAUGAUUGCAUUUCCAUGUUUUAAGAUAUAUCAGGUGAAUCUGUUUUAAGACUAUUUUUUAGCAAAAGUUUCAAAGAUUAUAAAUAUAGAAAUAAAACUAUGACUGAAACUUUAAGUGAUUUGAUUAACUGUGCUGGUUAAAUGGCUAAAUCAACUGAGUAUGCAUUUCUUGGUAAAGGGGCUUUAAGAUUUGGAAAAUUAUCAACACUAUAAAAAACAACUAAGGAUAUAAAAAAGAUAUUCAAAGAAGUUAUAACUAAUAGAAUUGAUUCUACAAAUUUAGAUGAUUUAAAGCACAAACAGAGAAAAGAUAUGAUUGAUUAUUUGAUAGAGAACUAAGGCAUAGAUAAAAUUGAAUCUGAAAAUAAAAUAACAAUUGAAACUAUAAUUGAAGAGUUUAUCACCUUUUAUGUUGCAGGUUUAGAUACAACAGGACACACUCUUGGGAUGGCCAUGUACUACUUAAGUGUUUAUCCAGAGUGCACAAAAAAGCUUUCUGAAGAGAUAAAGGCAACAAUAAAAUCUUAAGCAGAUUUAACUUCGGAAAAUAUUAAAAAUAUGAAAUAUUUAUAAGCAUUUGUAAAUGAGGUAUUAAGACACUAUACAAUAGCAGACUAAUUAUUUAUGAGAACAGCUACUUAAGACAUUUAAUUAGGAAAUCUCAAAAUUAAAAAGGGAACUGUUUUGAAUGUAGGAAAUUUGGAAAACCACUUUGAUCCAAAAUACUUCAAAGAUCCUCAUUAAUUCAAUCCAUAAAGAUGGUUAGAUGGAUCUCUUGAUAAGCUACCUCCAUAUAUUUUCAAUCCAUUCUCAGCAGGCAAGAACAAUUGUAUUGGAUAACAUUUUGCAUAAAUAAAUAUCAAAAUUGGCCUUAUAAAAUUCAUACAAUCAUUUGAUUUUGAGAUUGAUCCAAACUACAAAUUAAUUUUAACUUUCUAAUUUCUAAUAGAACCUGUACAACCAAUAGCUUUAACAUUUAAAUCAAAGAAACUGUGAGAAAUUUAAUAUCUGUAAAUAUAAAAUUUCUUAUAUAAAUUGUUAAGUAAGUGCUGUAUUAUCAAAAUACUUAACUUUGUUUGGUUAUUAAAUUUUUAUUUAGUAAUAUUUUGAAUUUUUUUUGACUGUAAACUAGCAAUUAGAAUCAUACAUAAAUUUGAAUUGUAACUUUAAAUACUUAUUUCUCUU